GGCCUGCUGGGGGUCGCGCUCAGCCAAUGGCGUGGGGGGGGAAGGCGGGCGGAGGGCGGCGGGGCCUGCCAAGAUGGAGGAGUACGCGCGGGAGCCCUGUCCCUGGAGGAUAGUGGAUGACUGCGGAGGCGCUUUCACCAUGGGAGCCAUCGGAGGUGGCAUCUUCCAGGCUAUCAAGGGCUUCAGGAAUUCCCCAGUGGGUGUGAACCACCGGCUGCGGGGCAGCCUGACAGCAAUUAAAACAAGAGCUCCACAGCUGGGAGGGAGCUUUGCUGUCUGGGGAGGCCUCUUCUCCAUGAUCGACUGCAGUAUGGUCAGAAUGAGAGGGAAGGAGGAUCCCUGGAAUUCCAUCACCAGCGGAGCCCUGACUGGAGCCAUAUUAGCUGCAAGAAACGGCCCCGUCGCCAUGGUGGGAUCUGCUGCCAUGGGAGGAAUUCUGCUGGCUUUAAUCGAAGGAGCUGGAAUUCUCUUGACCAGAUUUGCUUCCACACAGUUUGCAAACGGCCCCCAGUUCUCAGACGAUCCCUCCCAGCUGCCGCCCGCUCCCUCGCCCUCUCCCUUUGGUGACUACAGGCAGUACCAGUGAUCCUCCUCCGCUCCCGUUCUCCUCAGCUCUCACUUCCAGCACUGGCAGCCCCAGCUGUGCUUCGUCUUCCCACCAGUGGUCAUCUCUGGACACGAACCACGCCAGGAGGAACCUUCAGCCCUUCUUGGUGUCGAGCCACGCAGGAGAACUUGUAGGAGAGGACAGGUCUAUUUAUUCGUGAUAGGUUCCAUUGCUGUCAUGUUAGUGAGUGUCUGGUAGAAUACAUGGAGGGUUCACACAAGGA